UUUUUCUACAGAGAGACCGCAGACGACCUCCUAGAUAAGAACCGAGUCAUUCGUAGAUCUCCGCGUCCAACUCUUUUUUGUUAUCGGGCAACAUGAAACAUUUACAAACCUUUGUAUUGUUUUUCUGCUGUAUUGCUGUUUCACAAGCUGCAAGAAGGAAGAGAGAAUGGUGCCGCCCCGUGGACACAGAGACAGAGUGUCACACCGGUAUCCUCGGUGGUUCCUGUCACAUGCAUGACGGCAUGUGCUGCUGUCCUCCUAUCUUCCCAGGGAAGAGAGAAGUGGGUCACUGUGCCAUGGUUUGGGACUGGAACUGUCCCCCGGGCUGUACCAUGGUGACGGAUUGUCAGGACAGGUGUGGCGCCCCUGGACAGUACUGCUGCUGGUGCACCUCCCACGGGGCUCAAAAGUGAUACUAGACCAAUAAAAGAGAGUUAAUCCGA